CUGUAGUGUCCUCUAUGAGAUCACAGUGUAAGACGUAGUGACUACAUAUCAACAUGAGAUACGUUGUUGUGAUUUUGUUCAUUGUAGCUGUGUGUGUGUUUUGCAAUGCUUUACCCAACAAGUGUCCAAAGCAUCCGCCAUGCCGUCCAUAUGGAGGCUGCAGGAUAAGAAAAUGGCGAAGAGUCACAAGCAGCAUGGUCCAUUCCACUUAUCGUAUCGGGGUUGCAUUAAGUUAUUCUCAAGUCAGAGGAGGCCUCAGAAUCACUGGCAAUGUUUACCAUAAUGGGUGUGGCAAAGGGGCUGGAUCAGGAGCCGUGACGUAUAUCAAGGGGGACUGGACCUACAUCAGAUACACACAGGAAUUUAGAGGAGCUGCAUCUUGUUGGAAGAUUUUUGGAGGACCAGCUUCUCCUAAGUACAGGUAUUACAAAUUUUAUUUACCAAAUAUUUGUCAAUAA